CGUACGUCGGCUGCCUUGUUGCGUUGCCUUUCGGCUUGGUUCUUUGUUGUCCCCCUCCCAUCGACCAACGCAGGUGCACCUGUGAGUACACAUACGUACACGCUUCACUUCGGGUCCCGGCUAGAGUGGUUCGGCGCGCGUGUGCUCCCCGCGCAGAGGCAGAUCCCUCCCUCCUCUCUUGCUGCUUGCCAAGCCAUGUUCGCUUACGUCUCCUUUGAGGAAUCGCAAGCCAGGCAUGAGGCGCACGCACUGCAGCGGUGGCUGCAAGACAGCGUGCUGAACUGUGUUGUGUUCAUGAGCCCGCCAGCGGCGCGGCGAAAGCAGGCCGCCAUCAGGCACAGCAUGGAGAACCUCAUCUCUUCAGUGGACUUUGCAAUCGUUCUCGCGACGAGCAAGUACGGCGGCCGUGGAAGGGAAGGGUCCUUUGGUACCCGCGAUGAGCUCCACUGCAUCAUUCAGUGCAACAAGCCCAUGCUUCUCGUGCGCAUGUGCACAACCUUCGACUACGCGGCCACCUGCGUCCUCCUUUCGCACUGCGACAACCACGCGUGCACCUGGAUCGCUGAGAGGGCGCCCCCAACACUCGCACGCGCCAGAGCCUUCACGGCACGACCUCCGCUGCACGUGGCUCACAGCGUCCUGGAACUUGUCAGCAGCCUUCCUCAAAUUCAGCAGUCGUUUGCCAUAGCAGCGGAACGUCGGCGUUCCUCGGACAUGCUGCAGUCCCCUUCCCAGACUUCCCCAACAGCCUCACCCGCACCACCCAGCCGCGUGCCCCAUCAGCAGCACCACCUACAUCAAACAUCACCGCUGCCAGCCCACACGCAAGCACCACACCUGUGCAACCGAAGGAGGCGGCGGCGUGCCCACGCCGUCACCACGCCGCCACCGCCACUGGAGACGCUGCUAUUUGGGUUCCUCGGUACGCAUCACCACGAACUUGACCCUGGUCAACCCUUGUACAAUCGCCAGGAACACGACGACGAGAUCGCUGAUGACAGUGUGAGCGAUGCCAUGUCCGAGCCCUGGACACCCUCCCUCAACUCGGCAGGCAUUGCCACCUCGUUUGGACAAUACUCAACCGUGUCCAUGCCUGGCAAGACGGGAGGCUGGCAGCACCAACACCUACAACACCACCAACACCAGCACCAACACCAGCACCAGCAGCACCAGCACCAGCAACACGGCCAACAACACGACCAACACCAACAACACGACCAACAACAACAACACGGCCAGCACCAGCAGCACCACCAGCAGCAGCAGGGGCGGGCUGAACUGUCACUGCUGGCACCAUCCCACAUUCUGCCGCGAACACGAUCCACGCCUGCUCUCUGCCGACAACCUUCAUCAUUGAGAAUCAUGGGCGGAGACAAGGUAGCAAGGUCACGCGAGCACCAGCAACACCCGGCACGCCCACACCAGCACCUACAGAGCAGCGUAUCACGCCGCCGCACACACCAACACGCCUCGAACGAUUGUUCGAUGCCACCCACUGACAGCGGGCUCGGCAAGAACGCGCAUGGCACAGUCCGAAUCCGUUGGCAUGGCCAGGGCGAUGACGCUGAUGACGAAGAGAGCGAUGAUGGCGAUGAAAGCGAUGGUGCUGAUGAUGGUGACGAUGGCAGUUAUGUGCAUGGUGACGAUGACAGCGAUCAUGACAGCGACGAUGCUGAUGGCGACCGUCGUUACGACCAGCCCGCAGUUCCUACCGCGUUCCACAUGUACGAAGAUGAUCAAGUUACACACACGACCAAGAAUAAUGAGGAGCUGUAUCGGACGCUAAGCAGCUGCCUCGGCACCAUCCUCGACGGUGUGGCGAAACACGUGGACUCUGGGGAGGCAGCUACCGGCGCCAUCGCGGCAGCCGUCACGUGUAUCACCUCCAGCUCACCAGUGAUUGCAAGAUCAAUCGUAACCCAACCUGGCAGGAUCAAGGCCAUCAUCAGUGCCAUGAAUAAGCACCCACACAUGCUCGAGCUGCAGCGUGGCGCGUGCCUGCUUCUCCGUCACGCCGUUACGCACAUGGCCGUGAUUGCUGAGCGUGGUGGCGAGUCAGAGGAGGAGCAGAGGACAGAAGAUGAUGAACCACGAGGAGGGCGAGGAGGCCGAGGUGGAGAAAGCACCCAAAGUACUACAGCUUCACGGCUUCCGCAGCGACAGCAGCGGCGACUCCAGACAUGGCAGCUCAUGCUGAAAGAUGUCCCCACACCUGUGCUGGCAGCCAUGUGGGAGCACCAAGGCGAUGAGGCACUCCAACAGCACGCAUGUUGUGUGUUGCAAGCACUUGCAAACCACCACCACCACCACCACCAGCAACAACAGCACCAGCAACAACAGCACCAGCAACAGCGUCACCAACGACACCACCACGGGGAUGCCGUAGACGAUGCACAAACGCGGUACAACAUCUGGCAAACUGCGGUGAUUACCGCAAUGCAGACGCACGCGGGUGACGCUCAGAUCCAGCGCAGCGGGUGUCACAUUGUGCGCACCUUGAUUGGCAGUGACACCGUUGCAGAUGCACUCAAGGCAGGCGCAUUGGAGGUGCUCGAGGAAGCGCUUCAGCACCACGGUGACGCCGCAGAUGUGGUGAUCGAUGCGUGCGACUGCCUCGCCUCAAUCAUCUCAAUGCCUUUCUCACGCAGCGCGAGCACUACACGCACCCAGGACAAGAGCGGCUGGCUGGCGGGGACAGGUGGCGUUGUCGGGGACGCCCUCGUUGGCGGUGGUUGGUGCUGCACACUGGCGAUGGCAGUUCUAAACGCACUGCGUGCGCAUAUCGCAGACGCAGGUGUUCAGGAGGCGGGAUUGCAUGUGCUGCUGGGCCUCCUGCCCCAUGUCAACAACCUCAACAACCUCGCCACCCAGACACCCAAGGCACACGCACGGCACGGCCCAAUGCCGAGUCCAGAGGACAUCCACGCGCUUGUGUUUGCGGUCAGCACGGCGGCUCUGAGCCAAUUUCACAACGCCACCGUCAUGAACCUCGCUCAACUUGCCUUGGGUUUUGUCGGUCGCGAACAUGAUGUGUCUACACAGCACCGAGGCGUGAGAGAUGUGUAGUUGUGUGUGUGUGUGUGUGUGUGUGUGGUCGUAUCGAAUUGGUUUUGUAUGUGUAUGGGGUUGUGUCGAAGUGUGCGUACAGUGCUUCGUGUGUAUGUGUGCAUGUGUGUACGUAUGCUUCUUGGGCCGUAGGUUCACCAGUUUGCUUUUUUCUCAACUCUUGCAUGAUUGGAUGUAAUGCGACGUGCGCAUGUGUUACCGAGACCAGACGGGACUCAAGGUUGUUAUCACGAGGAUUUACAGUACACGCGCAUGUGGUGGUUUGCGAUGCGCUCGCUAGCGCGUGAUUAAACAACUAAAGUGUG